UUACAAUAAUUAACGAAGGGUCUAAACAUUGGUUUCGUCACGUGUGCAAUUUACGGUUUAAAACUUUGUCUUACUGUUUUUCAUUAAGUAAAUUGUCAUGAUUUUGAAAUGAAGUAGUGUAACAAGAUUACUGAAGCAUGUUGGAUAGCCUUUUCACAUGGAAAGAAUUUAUCUCGUUUUACAAACGAGAAGGUUCGAAUUAAAGGACAAUGUUAUAAUAAGGUAUAGAAAGUUAUGGAUAAGUGUAUGUACUGGAUAAGGCCAAUAAGGAGCUGUGAACUAUUUUGAUCGUUAGUAAUUUUUAUGUAAAUAGAAAUGGCGGUAUCAGGAAGAAGAGCUUUGGACAACCUUUUAUCAACUACUUUGCGUUUUAGUUCACAAGCGGGCACUAUCGUAUCCUGUCAUCCAUGUGGAUUAAGUGGCCAGAUAGUAAAUGCGGAAGGUUAUUGCCAAAACUGUAGGAAAUAUUUGUGUAACAGUUGUAUAAGCAGUCACGAAAAGGCCACACUCACAACGAAACAUGUUGUCAACAAGAAUUUUGAGUUUACAUCAACUGCAGAUGCAAAUGAUAAAUUACAAAGUUGUUCUACACAUCCAAACGAGGAUGUUAAGUUAUAUUGUCGUGCUCAUGGAAGGCUUGGGUGUGUGAUAUGUAUGACAUUGUCACACAAACUGUGUGAAAUUGAUUUUAUCCCAGAAGUGUCGGAGCAGUUUGUAAAAAGUGAUGAGUAUUUGAGUUUCGAGACAAAUGUCAGUAACAUAAAAGAAAGGUGCACAAUUGGUCUGAGCAAGAUAGAAGCAAAUAUCACUGACAUUGAAACAGAAUAUGCAAAUGUUAUUUCUGCAGUUGAGAAUACGAAAAAGGAAAUCAUAGAAGAACUUGAUAAAUUUGAGGGUGAAUUGAAAGACAAAGUAACAACAUACAGAAAGAAGAACAUUGAAACAAUGGACACGUUAAAGAAAGCUUAUGAAUCGGUUGUAAAGAACAUUGAAGACAAAGAAGCUAUAACAAAAAGCAUGAUUAAAGAUAAAAAGUACAACUUACUCUUCUGUGAAGUUAAACAAGCUUUUGCUUUGGUUUCGGAGUAUCAGUCACAGACGUAUGAACUAUCUACAAGACUAUGCAAACAAGAAUGCAAAUUUCAAAAGAGCACCGAACUAAACACAUUUCUUACUAAAGAAAAGAUGCUCGGUACAAUACAUAUUAAAGAUCUAGAAUUGGGUUCCUGUAAUGCACAAGAAAGCGUAAGCACACAUCCGAUAUGCCAUAUCAAUAUUAAAGGCAAAAACGAUAAGAAGACAUGCUAUGCAACAGGACUUGCUUUCAUGUCAUCCGAUCAGUUGGCUGUUGCUGACAAAGCAAACAAAAACGUGAAAAUAGUGGAUGUUAGCUACAACAAAAUGAUAUCUGAAAUCAUGUUAUCUUCAAGUCCUCGUGACAUCACAGUCAUACCAACCAACCAACCGUGACAUUAAGGGAUGAGAAAAUAAUCCAGCUAUUGUCAACAGCAUCGGGUCUCACAAAAACUGAACAAAUAAAGACAGAUGGAAAAUGCCGAGGUAUUUACUAUGACGGUGGAAUUUUAUUUGUAACUUUUGAUAAUAUCAUGCCAAAACUGCAAAUGAUGAACUUAAAUGGCGAGGUAAUUCGCUCAUUUCAAAUAGGUCAACAGGGGAAAAGCCUAACAUCUCAACCAAAAUCAAUUUGCUUAAGCCCAGGUCGAAACCAGAUAUACUUUACAGACUAUAUUAAAAUGACUAUAGCUCGCAUAUCAAUAGGCGGAGAAUUUACGGCAGAAUAUAAACUUUCGAAUUUCUUGGGCCUUGCUGUCAGCACUUCCGGCUCGGUGUACGCAUGUGCAAAGACAUGUGAUACGGUUAUUCAGUUUUCAGAUGACCUGUCAAAAGCUACAACAGUAGUCAACGAGAAUGUUGGUGUAAGAGGUCCGUUGGCUCUUGCAUUAUCAGAGAAAAAGAACAAUCUCUAUGUGAGUUGUGAAAAAGGUGACGAAACAUGCUGUAAUAGACUGCAUGUAUUUAAAAUCAAAUAAUGUUGUCAGACUAAUGACAAAGGUCAUGUUGUCGUUCGUUAGAUGAUUGCCAACAUAUUAUUAAAUAUAUAUUAUUUCAAACCAAAACGUUCACUUAGUGCUUCAUUGCAGUUUGCAAAAUCUAUAGUUGACUCAAAGUCGCGUUGGAAGUGAGCUUAUGCUUAUUGACAAAGACAUUAGAAUUACGUAGGCUUAUUUAAUCUGCGCGAUAAAUUGUAAAUAUUACUGAGUUUGUUUUGUUUUUCUUUCAAUACAUAUUAAGUAAGUGUU